AUGUUUUUGAAGAAAAAAACAAAGAGAAUUUUUCCAGCUUUCAAAGUGAAACUUUCUGGUUUGGAUAAACGUUCUAAAUAUAUUUUAUUGAUGGAUAUUGUUCCGGCAGAUGAAUGUCGGUAUAAAUUCCAUAAUUCUCGAUGGAUGGUAGCCGGAAAAGCGGAUCCGGAAAUGCCAAAACGCAUGUACAUACAUCCGGAUAGCCCAGCAACUGGUGAACAUUGGAUGGCUAAAGGGGCUAAUUUUCAUAAAUUAAAAUUAACAAAUAAUAUCUCCGACAAACAUGGCUUUGUAAGUUUUUAA